CGAAGAAAACGGGAUCCGGUAUGCGCGGACUCACAGUGAACGCAUUGGUGGUGAUGGUGGUGGUGACGCUAUCAUCAUCAUCAUCAGCUAUCGUGGAUGACAUAACAGGGGCUACAGGACCGGCGACCCAGCCCGAGCCCGAGAGGAGGUCAUCACCCUUACCAACGGGGUCACCAAACAAUUCACCAUCACGACCCGCAGCCCUAGACACCAUUUCGCAGCCUCUCCCUCGGCCAAACUGCCUCCCCACGAACGUUGAUGGAAGGGCGGACGCUGAAGGGAUGACCGGCUUUGGAAUGAACGUGUUUAGAGAGCUGGCGAGGGAAGGGAAUGUGUUUUUCUCGCCGUUCAAUCUGUGGUCUGCUCUUGCGUUGACCUACUUGGGCGCGGAGGGUCAAACCAGUAGGCAGAUGGGACGUCUUCUGGGCCUGCACGGGAAGAAGAACACCCUGGAUUAUCUGACCGCCGUGGAGGAUGAACUGUCCAGCAGGUUUGACGGCCAUCACAACCUCUCCCUUGAAGCAGCCUCGAAGGUAUACAUCAACAAAGGGUUCGCUAUCAAUUCCUGCCUGCAUGCCUCCCUGUCAUCUCGCCUGCAGACCAUCGACUUUACCAAGCUCACCCAGGCCGCCAGCAUCAUCAACCACUACGUCAACCAGACCACCAGAGGCCUUAUUAAGAACAUCGUUAGUGAGGACCAGCUUGUAGAGACCCAAAUGGCCUUAGUCAGCGCUAUCUACUUCUACGGGUCCUGGGAAACAGCCUUCAAUCCUCUGCUGACCACCGAGGAGGUAUUCCACUCCGACCCGAGUGUCAGGUCAACAGAGAAGAUCAAGAUGAUGUCUAUGCAGCGCUCCUUGAUGCUUGGCCAGUCCAGUGAGCUCGGUGCCAGAGUCCUGCGUCUGCCCUACACCACCGGCACUGUUUCCAUGUAUUUGCUGCUGCCCGAUGAGGAAGGACCGAGGGGCUUCGACGCUACGCUGAGAGCCCUGAACCCGAAGUCCCUGCAGGGUGCGCUCAGAGGGCUGCGGGAGACCUUGGUGCAUGUCAGGCUGCCAAAAUUCAAGAUGGAAGGAGAGUAUAUCGAGAACUUGGAGCAGGCGCUGAGGAAUUUAGGGGCGACUGACAUGUUCGACCGGGCACUGGCUGACUUCUCCUCGUUUUCCCCGGCGUUGUACCUGAGCACGGUUGCCCACAAGGCCUUCGUUGACGUCAGCGAGGCGGGCACGGAGGCAGCGGCGGUCACUGUGGUCCUGCUCGAUGUCCGUUCGUCCGCCCGCGCCGAGGCCCAACCCUUCUACUGCAAUCGCCCGUUCAUCUUCCUUAUUUACGACGAAGAUACGAAGGUCGUGUUGUUUGUCGGCGCUUACAAGACCCCCCCGAAGGCCUAGAGUAUAUAGGAGUUGAUGUUUGCCAUAUUUACAUAGAUUUACAUAGGGUUUUCCAGGCCUCGUAUGCAGAACCAGUGAAAUUUAGGUUAUGUUAGAGAGAGAGAGAGAGAGAGAGAGAGAGAGAGAGAGAGAGAGAGAGAGAGAGAGAGAGAGAGAGAGAGAA